AUGACUAUAAUUGAUUUAUUAUUAAAUAAUGGUAGAAUACAAAAAGAUGAAAUACAACAAGAAUUAAUUAAUUUACUUAAAAAAACAAAUGCUUUAAUUCAUUCAUGUGAAGGUAGAAUAUUUGAAGAUUCUGGUAAAAUUAAAGAUGCAAUUAUUGAAUAUGAAGCUGCUUUAAUUAAUGAUCCUGAUUGUGAAAUUGCCUAUUUAAGAUUGGGUAUUAUUUUUUACAAACAUGAAAAACAAACAACACUUUCAAGAAAUUAUUUACAAAAUGCUGUACGUAUCAAUCCAACAAAUCAUUUGGCUUGGUAUCAUUUGGGUAAAGUUUUAUCUGAACAUUUUAAUGAUGAUGAAGAAGCAUCUGAUGCUUUUAUGACUUCUUUAACUUUUGAAAAAACAUGUCCAAUCAUUGAUUUUUCAUCUGAUUUUGUUACUUUACUUAUUUAA